GUUAUCUAUGAAUUGAAGAAGGUAGAAUUAUCCGGCGCUGAUCUUCAUCGUGGAUUCUCUGACCAUAUCCAUAUGUGUAAGCGCAUAGUAAAGGCAGGCAGAGAAUUUUGGAGUAAUCGAGACGCCAUUAACACAACAGCAAGCGAUUAUUACGAGGAUAAGGUUUCUCUGUACUCACCUCCCACUUCAUCUUGUCCAAAAACCAUUCCUAAUCACGUGCUUACUUGCCUGCCAUUUGCUUGCGGUUUCAACAAACCCCAUUUUGGUGCUAAUGUCCUUUUCUUAGUGCAACUGCUCGCCAGUUUCCUUCCUUCUUUAUCAAGCGGCGACGACUCUUGCCGUGGCUACUGUGAAGUCAGAUUGGAAUUUUGCUUGAUUUUGUUUUCUUAACAAGGUGGUGUUUGGUUGUUUGUGAUGUUUGGGGUCUGAUUCGUUGGAGAUACGAGUAGAUUCUAAUUGAUUUUAAGAAAGUUAUGGCUGAAGAAAAGGAAUCGACCUCGGUUCCUCUUAGUCAAGUUGAUAAUGGCGGCCAGGAUCCUGAGGAUCCUGUUAAAUCUCCUCCCAGUUCUCCCAACUCGUCCACUCGUAAGGCUUGUUAUUAUGUUCUCCAAAGCUGGGUGUCAAAGAAGUUUAUGACUGGAUGUGUGGUUCUUUUCCCUGUUGCUGUUACCUUUUUUGUUACAUGGUGGUUCAUUCAAUUUGUUGAUGGUUUCUUCAGCCCACUAUAUGAGAGGCUUGGAGUUGACAUAUUUGGACUUGGGUUCAUAACAUCUUUACUCUUUGUAUUCUUUGUUGGUAUAUUUGUCUCAUCAUGGCUGGGUGCUACACUCUUCUGGCUUGGAGAAUGGUUCAUCCAGCGAAUGCCCUUUGUCAGGCAUCUAUAUUCUGCCUCGAAACAAAUCAGUGCAGCUAUUUCUCCUGAUCAAAAUACUAGGGCUUUCAAAGAAGUUGCAAUUAUUUGCCAUCCACGUGUUGGUGAAUAUGCAUUUGGCUUUAUUACUUCAACUGUUACCCUUCAGAGAGAGAGCGAAGAUGAAGAGCUAUGUAGCGUUUUUGUGCCAACAAAUCACCUAUACAUUGGGGAUAUAUUUCUUGUUAAUUCUAAGGAAAUCAUAAGACCAAACCUAUCUAUACGAGAAGGAAUAGAGAUUAUUGUUUCUGGCGGUAUGACGAUGCCACAAAUUAUUACUCCUUUGGAGAGAGUUGAUAGACAGGCUGAUAGAAUAACUUUGAACAGAAUAAAGUAGUGACAAGCAGAGGAGCAGGUAUCCCUGGUUUGUACGAGCAGUUUAUUGUCCUAUAAAUAGUGUGGAAGUCGUAGUAGUAAUAGUGACCUUAUAUGACAGAGUCAUGGGCUGUACUUGACAAAGAUAGGCUUGUUUGCGAGGUGAGCCAUUUUGCCCUCUUGAAUUUUUGUAUUCGAGUGCGAGUUAUAAAUGGUGGUUCUUGUUAGUUAUUACUACCUUUAUUUGAUGUGUUUGUAGUAUUAUCAUAGUAGUGAUAGAAAUCUUUUGAUAGAAAGACACAAAUAUCUCUCUA